AUGAAACAAGAAAUGGCUUUAUAUAUUGAACUUCAGCUAGAUCCAAUCUAUCUGCGUGUAAAUAUGCAAAAGAAAGCUUUUAGUGAAAGAUCAUCAUCUUCAGUUCGUGAUAGAUAUUCCAAUGACCCUGCAUUCACAGAGGAUGUAAGACAUUUAGCAUUACCAUCAAGACGCAAUUCGGGAACAUCAGAAGCAGAAGAAUUCAAGAUGUUUGGAAAGAAGAAAUCCAAGAGUAAGGAAGAGAAUUCCAGUCAUUAUUCUCUUCGUUUGGAGCGUAAGAAGAAGAUAACGCAAACAAAUAAUCAUAGUGCUGAAUAUUUGUGUAAGAAUACGAGUAGCUCGGAAAGCAUAGAUAAUAUUAUUUCGUCAUAUAAACUAAAAGGACGGAAAGGAUUUAGUUUAGAUAGAAGUUAUGAUAUGGAUGCAAAGCCUCAAUCGAAGCCAAAAAGGUCUUCAUGGUUUUUGCGUGAUAAAAACAGGGAUAAACAAUCAAAGAGUGAAAAAUUUCUGAAACGAUCUUCCUUAGACUUUACUGUAACAUUUGAUACGAAACAACCACUAUCGCAGCCACUACCGCAAAAUGAGACGAAACCACGAACGAAAGCAAAGACAAUUCAAAGGCAAAAUGCUGCAGAUUAUACUGGUGACUCAUCAACAACACCACAAGAAGAAGUUCCUGAACCGAUUAAAAAGUUAAGUAAAUUUCAGAUUGGGAAGCGCUUCCUGAAAGGCGAAAUUGGCAUAAGAAGUUUCAAUUAUUAUUUGCUAAAGGAAGGCUUAAAGAAGAACACAAGCAAACAAAAGCAAGAAAAGCCAGCUUACAUGUCGAAAAGCGAAGAGAAUAUCUAUGAAGAGAUAUUUUUCUAUCAUGAUCAACCAACUCCAAAGCCACAAAUGCCACCCGCUUUGCCGCCACUAAACAAGCAAACAACAUCGCUUUCAGCAUCGUCGUUACAUAUUAAACAAACGACUGCUCAAUCAGAGGAUGGAAAUUGUUUAGAUUGUGAAAUAUGUAUACAGGAGGCUCAAGAGAAACACGUUUUGUGUACCUCACAAAGCUGCGAUAAGUGCUUAGAAAGUCAUCAGAAACAAAACUUAAUGACAAACUCAUUAUCAGGCAGUGAAGGUUAUGCAAAGGUUGUACGAAAAAUUAACAAUGCCACAAUCUAUGACUUCUUUCAGCAACAGAAUCAAGGUCAAACGGUUUUACAUUUUCAAUCGUAUAACCCAAGUAAUCCAAGUAUUUAUAAAAUGGAAACUACACCCGUAGCUUUCGAUUAUAAUCCGCUGGAAGAGCAAAUUUAUCAGCAACAGCAACAACAAGUACAACAUUAUGCUCGUGUUGCCUCUCAACAGCAAAAAAGCUUUUCAGGUGAUGGAAAAAUAACAACAAAAUCCUCAUCAUCGAGUGAUUCACUAAAAGGACAAAGACAACGUCAGCAUCAGCUAGAGCAACAGCAAGCAAAUGAGUUUUAUACUCGACCCAAUUACUUAUAUCCACCAAGUAACAAUAAUAAUAACAAUGAGACGCAAUCAAAUCGAACAAAGGAACAAAUCCACUCAAUUUACAAGACGGACUCAUCGAAUUCAUUGAGGAGUGAAAAUUCACUCAAUAAAAUUUACAAUAGUAAAAACAGCAGUCAAAAGAGUAGUCAGAGCAAUCACAAUAAUAAUAAUAGUAAUAAUAAUAAUAUUAUUAAUCGUGACGAAACGCAAAUACGGCAGGAUAUGAGCGACUCAAGUCUCGGUGACUCGCUCUUUUCGAGUGACGCGAAUAAACGGUAUUUCGGUAGUUCAGAGAGCUGUCGGUUUAAUUACGAAUGUGGACGCCGUCGGUGCAGUCUCGAGAACGAAAAAUGCAGCUUCUCUGAUACGUGUCGGUAUGAAUGUAAUUUACGGAACUGUGAUUGCUCUUCUUCAUACUUUUCAUCUGAUUUUGAUGAUACUAAUAUUUAUAAUACAUCGAAUAAUAAUAAUAAUAAUAACAAUAAUAAUACUAAUAAUACUGGAAGUGGUAGAUCUAAUAAAUCUCAACAUGGCAAUAAUACUAGUACCCAGCAAAUCGUCGAUUAUGCUUAUGCAGAUCCAAAGUCUACAGCUAUCCACUACGCCGAAGAUUUCAUUAAGCAUGUAAAUAAUGUGAAACGAAGGAAUCAAAACAUUCCAUUUGAUGCCAAUAAUACUCUAAUAAAUGCUCAAUUGACGGCACAGUCUAUUUAUGAAGUGCCUAAGGCAAAUCCUAAAAGGUUAGACAUUGAAUCUAUCCGAAAUAACAAUAAUGUCAUUGAAAUAUGUGAGAGUCACAAGAGUCAUAUUACUGGCUAUUAUAUAACAUCGAAUGAAGAUGAAAUGACGAUAGCAAUUAAAGAAUCAUCUACAGUCGGUAGUAUUGGUGAUAAAAUGAUGACGCAUACGGAUAAUAAUGCGAAAGGAAUGAGUAAAGCUCAUUUGACUGGAACAGUACCCAAAUCAUCUAUAUCAUCUAAUGACUCUAAAAAGAGCUCAACACGUUCGAGUCUAAAGCAUGUGAAGCAGCAAAAAGAGACGAACCGUAACCACCAAACGAAUGACAACAAUGAGAAUUUGUUGAAAGUGACUCAAGGGAAUGAGAACUUGUUAACAAAUGAAGGAACCACAACGAUAACAUCAUCAUCAUCCAAUUUCGAUAUAAAAAAUUCUGCAACGGUUGUUGAACAUGAACAAAAAGUUUCGGUACAGAACAAUACAAAGAAUCCUGUGGAAAAUGAUACUCGAAACAUAAAUACCAAAAGUGAGCAACCGCAACAACAACAGCUACAGCAUCCUCAACCAAAAAUCGCAAUUGUGGAUGAGUAUGAUGAUGAUGAGGUUUUUCUAGAUAACACGAAGCUCCCGGAAAAAUCUUCAACAGAUAACAAUGACAAAAAAGUUGCCGAGAAACAACAGCAGCAGCAAAUCGAGAUAAAAGUUAAUGAAGGUAAAAAGUCACAACUACCUAUGGAUACGAUAAAUGUUGUUUCUUCGUCAAAAAAUAACUCACCAUAUAAAAGCCCAUUAAAAGCACAAACGGAAGCAUCAAAACAAGCUCAAAAAGUUGAUGUUUUAACGAAAGCUGAUGCGAAAAGCAUUGAACCGGCAGUGAUAAAAAACAAUAAUAAAAACACUACAACCAAUGCUGAUGUAGUAAUUGAUAGUGAUGAUGACAGCGUGUUCAUCAAUGAAAACAAGCAAAAGAAAACAAACAAAAAUGAUGAAACAUCAUCGAAACAUAAAUCAGUAAUUUCAAACAAUGCGAAAACAUCGAGCAAUGCGUCAUCAUUGAAUCCAAAAGCAGUUGAUACAGUUGCUUUACAGAAUCACAACAGCAGUCGCGAUUCAAACGUUCAAAGUGAAACAACUCUCAGUCAUCAAUGUGGAGUUCCAAAUAUUAUGUGUGAAGGUAGACACCAUGAUGCAGUAGAAUCAGUCGCAUAUGACUAUCCUGAACAUGAGAAUACAAGACGUUAUCCAUCCCAACUCCCCCAAUUUGAUGACUACCCGGGAUACAUGGAAAAUUAUAGACCACCAAGACCUGUACCAAUUCCAAGAUAA